AUGAGAUCUAAGUUGUUGUUCUCAGCCGCCUGGCUGCUUUCCCUGGGCAACUCGGCCCUGGCCACUGACUGUCCGCUCAUCACAAGCAGGUGGAGCGCAGACCCUUCAGCCCACGUCUUCAACAAGACUCUUUAUAUAUAUGCGUCUCAUGAUGAAGCCUCGGGCAUUGUCUGGCCUGGCGAUGGAGGCGCCUACGCCAUGAGAGAUUACCACGUCUACUCGACCGAGAAGAUCUACGGGUCGCUUGUGGUUGACCAUGGUGUUGGCCUUUCAGUCGACGAUGUUCCCUGGGCCUCUCAUCAGAUGUGGGCACCCGAUGCAGCUUACAAGAACGGCAAAUACUACCUGUACUUCCCCGCCAAGGACAAGGAUAGUAUCUUCAGAAUCGGCGUCGCAGUCUCAUCCGAUCCGGGCGGUCCUUUCAAGCCCGACAAGAGCUGGAUCCCCAACACCUUCAGCAUUGAUCCCACCAGCUUCGUUGACACCGACGACAGCGCAUACCUUGCAUGGGGUGGUAUCCAGGGCGGACAGCUCCAGAACUGGCAGAACAAGAACAAGUACGAUCCCAACGGCAAGGAGCCACCCAAUGGCACGGCUGCCCUGAGCCCUCAGAUCGCCAAGCUCAGCAAGGAUAUGCACAAGCUGGCCGAGAAGCCCCGAGACAUCAAGAUCCUAGCCCCAGAGAACCGCAAACCCCUUCUUUCCGAUGACAAAGAUCGACGCUUCUUCGAGGGCCCAUGGAUUUACAAGCGUAACAAGCUGUACUAUCUCAUGUACUCUACCGGCGAGACCCAUUUCAUGGUCUAUGCUACUUCUAAGAGCCCCUACGGUCCUUAUACCUACCAGGGUAAAAUUCUUGAUCCUGUCGAUGGGUGGACAACUCACGGCAGCAUCGUCGAGUACGAGGGUCAGUCGUGGUUGUUCUACCAUGAUGCUAAGACGUCCGGCGUGGACCACCUCCGCCAGGUCAAGGCUAAGAAGAUCUGGUAUGAUAGCAAGGGAAAGAUCUUAACUAAGCGUCCUUAA